GUGACGUCUUACCUGCGCCGGAAGUGUCUUAAACGAUGAUGUGUUACCUUCAUUGAGAUCUCGUUACAGUUGAACUUCAAGCUUGUGUUUGGUAUAACAGUCCAUCCAAAUUGCUCAAUACUGUACAAGUCGAUGUCAAAAAAGGACCUACUUCGCGUACGUGAAAAAAGCAGCAGCACAGGGUUGAGGAACUAAUGGCGCCCAAAGGUAAGGUCGGCACUAAAGGCAAGAAGCAAAUCUACGAGGAGAAUGAGGUGACACUCAAGUUCUACACCAGAGUAAUCUUGGGAGCCAACGCGAUAUACACUGCGUUAAACCUCUUGGUCUUCUAUAGCUAUUCAACGUUUUGGACAUGGUUUGCGCUGGUGUUUGCCCUGGCAGUGUAUGUGGGCAGUUACCGCGCCAUGACUGCCAUGGCCCAAGCAGUGUUUGGUGAGGAUGGGAGUCUGAUCGACGGUGGAAUAGAUCUGAACAUGGAGCAGGGGAUGGCAGAGCAUCUGAAAGAUGUUAUCCUGCUAACUGCUAUAUUACAAGUGCUCAGCACCAUCUCCUCCUACUUCUGGUACCUUUGGCUGCUGGCCCCGGCGCGAGCAAUGUUCCUGCUGUGGGUGAACUUCCUAGGCCCCUGGUUUUCGGCCGAGACCCCUGGUGCAGCCCCAGAGGAGGUGAAUGAGAAGAAGCAGAGACGACAGGAGCGCAGACAGAUGAAGAGAUUCUAACUUGGCAGACUGCCGUAGUAUUUCUAUACACAGAAUGAAUCUAAGUGCAGCCAGGAACUCUACAGUUAAGUUAUUCAGGAGGAACUUUUGAUGUGUGCACAAAGACAUCCAGGUAUGGAUAAAGAAUUGAACUGAACCCUGUGGGUGAUCUGGUUUUCCUCUCUCCCUAUCCCUCUAUCCUUCCAAUUCUUCCUCCCCUCUGUCAUUAUCCUUUUUCUUCCCAUCUGGAGAGGAAAUCGUCCUUGUUGGGCUGAUGACCUCGUCACCAGUGCAUGUUGUCAUAUACCUUGGCCUGUAAUUUGUUCACAUCCAAUUGUUCAAAAUCUAGGUCUGUGUGUCACACCAAUUUCAUCUGAACUAGUGAAAAGGAUGUGGUGAUCUUACCCUUUGGCAGACCUUUUAUUUUAGACUAUGCUCAUCAGAUUACACGCUCAUGCCUAAUUCCAAAUAGACCACUAGCCACUACCACCUAGGUGCUCAUCUAGACCAAGGGGGAACUAUUAUCUAACUUUUACAGAUAUUUAUUUCAGAUCUACAUGCGGUGCAUAGGGUUAGGUGCUAUGUGUUGAUUUGGAAUUGGGCAUAUGUGACGAAGGUCCAAAUUAAAUCCGAUUGUGCUUUGUCUGCAAUGCACAGUUUAAAGGCAAUGUUCUCGCGGAGACUACAUUCACUGUUAAUGCUGCAUAUGUUGGCUCAAUUGGAAAGGACUUUUACACUGAACAAAAAUAUCAACGCAACAUGUAAAGUGUUGGUCCCAUGUUUCAUGAGCUGAAAUAAAAGAUCACAGAAAUGUUUCAUACGCACAAAAAGCUUAUUUCUCUCAAAUGUUGUGCACAAAUUUGUUUAAAUCCCUAUCAGUGAACAUUUGCUCAUAUAAUUAAUCCACCUGACAGGUGUGGCAUAUCAAGAAGCUGAUUAAACAGCAGGAUCAUUACCCAGGUGCACCUUGUGCUGGGGACAAUAAAAGGCCACUCUCUAAAAUGUGUAGUUUUAUCACACAGAUGUCUCAAGUUGAGGGAGCAUGCAAUUGGCAUGCCGACAGCAGGAAUGUCCACCCGAGCUGCUGCUAGAGAAUUGAAUGUUAAUUUCUCUACCAUAAGAUGCCUCCAUUUUAGAGAAUUUGGCAGUACGUCCAACUGGCCUCACAACCGCAGACCAUGUGUAUGGCUUCAUGUGGGCGAGCGAUUGGCUGAUGUCAACGUUGUGAACAGAGUGCCCCAUGGUGGGCUUAUGGUAUGGGCAGGUAUGAGCUACGGACAACAAACACAAUUGCAUUUUAUCGAUAGCAAUUGUAAUGCAUAGAGAUACCGGAACAAGAUCCUGAGGCCCAUUGUCAUGCCAUUCAUCCACUGCCAUCACCUCAUGUUUCAGCAUGAUAAUGCACGACCUCAUGUUGCAAGGAUCUCUACACAAUUUCUGGAAGCUGGAAAUGUCCCAGUUCUUACAUGGUCUGCAUACUCACGAGACAUGUCACCCGUUGAGCAUGUUUGGGAUGCUCUGGUUCGACGUGUACGAUUGCGUGUUCCAGUUUACACCAAUAUCUAGCAACUUCGCACAGCCAUUGCAGAGGAGUGGGACAACAUCCCACAGGCCACAAUCAACAGCCUGAUCAACUCUAUGCGAAGGAGAUGUGCCGCGCUGCAUGAGGCAAACGGUGGUCACCAGAUACUGACUGGUUUUCUGAUCCACUCCCCUACAUAAAAAAGGUAUCUGGGACCAACAGAUGCAUAUCUGUAUUCCCAGUCAUGUGAAAUCCAUAGAUUAGGGCCUAAUUUAUUUAUUUCAGUUGACUGAUUUCCUUAUAUGAACUGAAACUCAGUAAAAUAUUUGUAAUGGUUGCAUGUUGCGGUUAUAUUUUUGUUCAGUAUAAAUGACACAUUGUCUAAAUCCGCUAUCAAAUUGUAUCUCGGCCCUAAUCAUUGUUAUUGCUCCCAUCCUUCACAAUGCUUAAAAAUGAUUUGAUUACAAACAAUAACAAUCGUGUACAUACAUUUAUCAUUUCAAGUGCAUUUCUUCACAGCAUAAAUAAGCAAUUGGAAAUGUAGUGCCUUCAGAAAGUAUUCAGACCCUUUGACUUUUUCCACAUUUUUGUUGAUACAGCCUGAAUUUAAAAUUGAUUAAAUAGAGAUUUUGUCACUGACCUACACAUGAUACCCCAUAAUGUCAACAUGGAAUUAUGUUUUUUGAAAUGUUUACUAAUUAAGUUAAUUAUUCAACCCAUUUGUUACGGCAAGCCCAAAUAAUUUUGUGCUUAACAAAUCACAUAAGUUGCAUGGACUCAUUGUGUGGGCAAUAAUAGUGUUUAACAUUAUUUUAGAAUGACUACCUUGCAUCUCUGUGCCCCAAUUAUCUGUAAGGUCCCUCAGUCGAGCAGUGAAUUUCAAACACAGAUUCAACCACAAAGACCAGGGAGGUUUUCCAAUGCCUUGCAAAGAAGGGCAUCUAUUGGUAGAUGGCCAAAUGUUUACAACAUUGUAGUUACUUCUGUACAGAAGAAAAAUAUUCUAAAACAUGUUUGCAACAAGGCACUAAAGUAAUAAUGGUCCUAAAGUUUGGUCCUAAAUAAAUUCAAUGUGUUUGGGAAUGGAAUGUAGCUAAGCAAAGGCAAAAUCCUAGAGGAGAACCUGGUUCAGUCUGCUUCCCACCAGACACUGGGAGAUGAAUUCACCUUUCAGCAGGAUGGUAAUCUGAAACACAAGGCCAAAUAUACACUGGAGUUGCUUACCAAGAAGACCGUGAAUGUUCCUGAGUGGCCGAGUUAGUUUUGACUUAAAUCUACUUGAACAUCUAUGCCAGUACCUGAAAAUGGUUGUCGAAUGUCUAGCAAUUAUCAACAAACUAUUUGACAGAGCUUUAAGAAUAAUAAAAAGGAAGAAUAAUGGGUAAAUGUGGAGAGCUCUUAGAGACUUACCCAGAAAUACUCUCAGCUGUAAUCGCUGCCAAAGGUGCUUCUACAAAGUAUUGACCCAGGGGUAUGAAUAUAUAAUAUUUCAUUUUCAAUACAUUUGCAAAAAUGUCUAAAAACAUGUUUUCACUUUGUCAUUAUGGGAUAUUGUGUGUACAGUAGAUGGAUGAGAGGGAUUAAAUAGAAUGUUCCAUCUUGAAUUCCGGCUGUAACACAACAAAAUGUGGAAUAAGUCAAGGGGUAUGAAUACUUUCUAAAGGCACUUUAGUAUACCUUUUGAUGUGUAGCCAUCAAAAUACUGGAUUUCACACCAUCUCCAUAUCUCUCAACUGAAUGACCCAGGCUGUGUCAUCACUCCCUUUUGGAGAUAUGAUAGAACUGUCGUCUCAGAUCCUCAAAGGGGAGUGAUGGAGGGUAGAUUGUAGAAAACACCUUCCUGUAGCUAAUGCUUCCCCAGUGAGUGAGUUAUUGCCUGGGUCAUUGAUGAGCAUAGACAAGGUGCUAGGAAUGGGACUAUGACCUAUGACUGCUGUUCUGGCUUUGCCAAAAUCAUAUUUGAAUAAUACACAAAUGAAAUGGAAGUAUAUAUUGAUGCACUGGUAGUUAGUUGGCAGCAACUUGUGUGAUCAAUAUGCCUAUACAAUGUAAGCAUGUCAAAGCACGGGUAACAUGGUGGUUGAUCUCUUCAGAAAUGUCUGCCUUUUUAUAAUCAGCCAACACAGUACCAGUCAAAAGUUUGGAUACACCUGCUCAUUCCAGGGUUUUUCUUUAUUUUUACUGUUUUCUACAUUGUAGAAUAAUAGUGAAGACAAACUAUGAAAUACACAUGGAAUCUGUUAAUUGAAAUGCAUUCCAGGUGACUACCUCAUGAAGCUGGUUGAGACAAUGCCAAGAGCGUGCAAAGCUGUCAUCAAGGCAAAGGGUGGCUACUUUGAAGAAUCUCAAAUAUAAAAUAUAUUUUGAUUUAACACUUUUGGUUACUACAUGAUUCCAUGUGUGUUAUUUCAUAGUUUUGAUGUUUUCACUAUUCUACAAUGUAGAAAAUAGUAUAAAUACAGAAAACCCAUGAAAUGAAUAGGUGUGUCAACUUUUGAUUGGUACUGUAUGUAAGCCUAGAUACUAUUGCUACAAGGUCUUAAUGUACAUAUUAUUAAAUUGAUUUCAGUAUAUAAACAAUAACCUGUCAUUUUGUCAUUUUUUUCACAACGAUUUAACAAGUAUAUUGUUUGUAUUGUUUUGUGUUUUCAAUAAAUGUAUAUUAAAGUAA